UCCCCGCGGCAGCGGCGGAGGCGAUCACGACGCUUGCCUCUCGGGGUCCUCGCGUCCUCCGGCCUGCGUAGUCCAUCGGUCCCUUCCCCUCCUCCGAUGCGCCCGCCCUCCUCGCCGGCGGUGGGGGCCUCCAGCGUCCCUCCAAGUCCCUUGUGAGCCGCGGGGCCGAGCUUCCCCCGGGCCCCGGGCGCGGUGAUCCUGACGGGAUUUCGGCCCGGGCCGAGAUCGGGGAGAAAGAUUCAGCCUGCCGCGGAGGCCGUCAGUCCGUGCUGUCGGAGAGGUCCGGUCCGGUGCGGUCCGGUCCGGUCCGGUCCCUGCGGAGGGACGGAGCCGAGACUAAAGGGGCCGAAAAGGGCCGUACGUGGGGAAGCCUUCUCCUCGUGCCUUCAGCCUCCGUCCCGGCCUCACACCGCACCCCACGUUCCCGGGCGGGAUGGAGGCGCGGGGACCCUGGUCCUAGACUGGGCCGGGGAGGAAGAUGGCGACUCCAGGGAUGAGUUGGCAACAACACUAUUACUCGGCGGCCGCGGGGGCCACGAAAUUCUCCUCCUCGGCCGGGACUCCGCAGUCGGCGUUCGGCAUGGACUACAGCCAGGAUCUCCAUUUGAAGAUGAGUAAGAAAAUUGCCCAGCUCACCAAGGUAAUAUAUGCUUUGAACACUAAAAAUGAUGAGCAUGAAUCUUCAAUUCAAGCCCUUCGAGAUGCUCAUGAAGAGGAAAUUCAACAAAUUCUUGGAGAAACAAGAGAAAAGAUUUUGCAAUAUAAAAGCAAACUUACAGAGGAGUCAGAUCUUAAACGAAAGAUCCAAGUUUUAGAAGAGUCACUGGAAGGUCACAAAAAGAUGAAACAUCAGGCUUUAACUGAAUUUGAAGCUUACAAACACAGAAUGGAAGACAUGCACAUUUGUACAGAAGCACAGCAUGUCCAACGGGUGCUAACUAUGGCUAGAGAAGUUGAAGAGAUCAGAAAGAAAUUUGAGGAGAAGUUGGAGAGCUUUUCACAGCUACAAGUACAAUUUGAAAAAGAUAAAUUGCGGGCUCUGGAUGACUUGAAAGCUGAACAUAUACAAGAAAUCCAAGAAAUUCUUCAGACCCAGAAGUGUCACAGUGCCUCAUUAAGUAAGGGGCAGGAAAAGGUGGAAGAACUGCACAGAAUUCAAAUGGAAACUUUAAAUAAAAAACUUGAAGAGCUAAAGCUUGAAAGAAGAAAACUAAUUGAGGAUUAUGAAGGCAAGCUGAGUAAAGCUAAAUCCUUUUAUGAACAUGAACUUGAUACUUUGAAACGGUCUCAGCACCUUACAGCUGACAGUCUCCAUGCUAGUAAAGAAAAAGAAGCAGAUCUGAGAAAGGAAUUUCAGAGUCAAGAAACAGCCUUACGUAAGACUAUACUUAACCUUAGGGCAGAGUUACAAAUGGCACUAGAUGAAACUGGAAAUCUUCAUGAAAAAUGCCAUAAGCUUCAAUUAGCACUUGGUACAGCAGAAAACAAUGUUUUGGUUCUUCAAAAACAGCUAGAUGAUGUCAAAGAAGAAGAGUUAACUUUACUAAGCAAACAUAAAGAGGUGGAAAGUGAGCUAGCAGCUGCUAGAGAACGGUUACAGCAACAAGCUUCAGAUCUUGUCCUUAAAGCUAGUCAUAUUGGAAUGCUCCAAGCUACUCAAAUGUCACAGGAGGCUACAAUAAGAGAAUUGGAAUCAGAAAAAUCACUGGCAAAGGAGAGAGUAUCCCAGCUCGAAGAAGAAAAAAAUUUUAUGCAAAACAGAACCCAAGCUAUGGAUGAGCAACAGAAAAGACAGAUUCUGGAACUGGAAAUGCAAAUAAGUGAUGUAAAGAAAUCUCAAAAAGAAUUUUAUGAGAAAGAGCUAAGAAAUCUGCAGACUAAAUUGGAAGGGGAAGCAGCACAAUUAAAUGAAGCUCACUCAAAGACUUUGGAAGAAUUAGCAUGGAAGCACCAUAUUGCAAUUGAGACUGCCCACAGUAAUGCAAAUAAGGAUAAAAAAAGGCUACAGAUGGAACUAGAAGAACAGUAUGAAAAAGAAAAACUACAACUGGAAGGAGAUAAAAGUCAACUUAGACAACAGAUGGAAAGGCUAAAGGAAGAAUUGACAGCCAAACUAAAUAUAGCUAACCAGGAGGUUUCUCACCUCCAGGAUCUAGUCACUAAAAGUGAACAAGGUCUUGGUUCUGCAGAAGGAGUUAUCUCUGAGCUUCAGGUUUCCCAUGGACAACUUCAGAAUGAACUAGAUUUCACUAAAGCUCAGCUAAAAGAAACUACAGACUCAUUAUUAAAUCUUGAGAGAGAACUGCAACAAGAAAGACAACAGCAUAAGGCAUUGCUUGCUACCAUGAGGGAAGAUGAGAAGUACAAAGUGGACAAAAUGGCCCAAGACUUAGAAAUAAAAUGGACUGAAAAUCUUAGACAAGAAUGUUCUAGACUUCGAGAAGAGUUAAGACGUCAACAUGAAGAAGAUAAAAAGUCAGCAAUGACUCAACUUUUGCAGUUAAAAGAACGGGAAAAGAAUGCUGCCAGAGAUGGAUGGCAGAAGAAGGUAGAAGAUCUCUUAGAUCAGAGGCACUGUCUGGGUGAAGCUUUGCAUAAAUCUAUCAACAAUAUUUCCUUGUUGAAACAGAAUUUGGAGAUGCAGCUUUCCCAGUCUCAGACUUCUUUGCAGCAACUUCAAGCCCAGUUUACACAAGAGCGCCAGCGGCUUACACAAGAGCUUGAAGAAUUAGAAGAACAACACCAACAAAGACACAAAUCCUUAAAAGAAGCACACGUCCUUGCAUUUCAAAAUAUGGAAGAGACAAAAGAACAGGAGCAAAAGGCACUUGAAAAUGAGUUACAGCAGAAACAUUCAGCUGAGCUUCAGUUAUUAAAAGAUGCACAUAGAAUGUCCAUGGAGGGUUUCAGGAUAGAAAUGGAACAGGAACUUCAAACGCUUAGAUUUGAAUUGGAAGAUGAAGGGAAGGCCAUGCUAGCUUCCUUACGCUCAGAAUUAAAUCAUCAACAUGCAGCAGCAGUGGAUUUAUUAAAGCAUAAUCAUCAACAAGAACUGAUAGCUGCUAAAAUGGAACUGGAGAGAAGCUUAGAAAUCGGCAGAAGACAGGAUGAGGAAUAUAUGUGUCGCCUAACAGAUCUACAAGAGGAACUAAGGCACAGAGAACACCAUAUAUCUGAAUUAGAUAAGGAGAUACAACAUCUUCAUGAUAGUAUAAGUGCUUUAACCAAAGAGUUGGAGUUUAAGGGAAAAGAAAUUCUCAGAAUACGCAGUGAAUCAAACCAGCAAAUAAGGUUGCAUGAGCAAGAUUUUAACAAGAAACUUGAAAAAGAGCUGGAUGUCAUGACAGCAGACCACCUCAGAGAGAAAAAUAUCUUGCGGGCAGAUUUUAAUAAGACUAACGAGCUACUCAAGGAAAUAAAUUCAGCUUUACAAAUUUCACUAGAAGACAUGGAAGAAAAAUAUAUAAAGAGAGAGUCACGAACCGAAGAUUUACAGAUGAUUGCAGAUUUGAAAACCUUGCUUGCAGAGAGAGACCAAGUCAUAAAGAAACUAAUUGAUGAUAAUAAAUUUUACCAACUGGAAUUAGUCAAUCGAGAAACUAACUUCAAUAAAAUGUUCAAUGCAAAUCCUACUGUUGGUGUUAUUAACCCUCUUGUGAAGCAAAAGAAGAAGAAUGAUAAAUCAACAAACAGGUUUGUGAGUGUUCCCAAUUUAAGUGUUCUGGAACCUAGUGGAGUGGGCAAUGGACAUCCUAACCGCCUGGAUCCUAUUCCUAAUUCACCCAUCCAUGAUAUUGAGUUCAACAGCAGCAAACCACUUCCACAAACAGUCAUACCAUCCAAAGAACCCAAGACAUUUUUGAGGAAUCAGUAAGAUGCAUGUGCAUGAGCUCAUGGAAUAUGACUACUGGAGUUCCCAUUACAAAUUGUUGCGUGACUUAUAAUUUUCCCAAAAGACGGUAGGGAUUCUUUUGUUUUAUUGAAUAGCACCUUAAGGCUUUAAUUAGUAUUAAGUUUUUUAUCAACCAUUUUUUCUAUUUAUCAUCACAAUAAUUAUUAUUGGAGAAUUUUGAGAAGAAAGUAAACUGGCUUUAAACACACCAUUUUUUAAGAAGUUUACAUGAAACUACAAAAUAUUUGUGAAAUAUUAACACACUUUGAAGUUCAUUUACUAGAUGAAAUAUGUAAGCAAUUUCUUUUAAGAAUUUGAUGCCUUUUCAGAUUCAGAAAAUCAAACUAGAAAUUAGUGGGAAAGCUAAAAAAUAUAUAUACUUAUGCUAUAUCCUCCCUUAUAGCUUUUCUAUAAAUAAAAAAUUUGACACCUUAUUUUUCCAUUGUAUUAACUCUUAAUUUUAUGCUUUGGCUCUUUAAUUACUUUCAUCUGAGCUGCUGAUGCGUAUCUUGCCAGAUGGAUUGUAAAAUGCUCAAAACAUAGUUUCUGAUAUGAAGAAUCAGUUAAAUUUUAUAUUUUUAUCCUUUGUCUCAAUUUGUUUUGUUUCAAAGCUUAAUGUUGUGUUUAAUUUUUUUCUUUUUU